AUCCCAUUUUUUCGAAUUGUCGACGGGUAAGUAACGUGUGGAAGGUGUGGAAGGCAAAGCGUAGGGUUUUUCGAAGGUGAAUUGAGUUCCGUCUGUAUCAUUGAUAAGCAAAUGAGCAACCCGUCCUAUCCGGUUCCAGUGGCACACUGUUUCCUGAGUGACGCGAUUUUCUGAUCAUUUUUGACGGAGUGUGACGGGCUUGAUGAGACCGAGAAGGGAAUAAUGACGCUCGUCGGUCGAGAAUGAUGGCAAAGCUGCGUCACUUAAUUCGCAAGCUGUCACUCUGAUCUCAGGAUCUCCAUGUCGCAUCAUUUGCGCGAACCGAUCUCGAAUUACGGUUCGUUGGGUUUGUUUCACAGGCUCUCCACUCAGACGCCUCCGCGUAGAGGCGACCAUGAAAUGGGUUGGUCGUGCUGGUUCGCCGGAGGUUGUUCCGAAGCCCGUAUAACUCACAUACAUCGGCAAGUCACAAUUCCCUUGCAACGUGGAAAACGUGACUUCGGCCACAUCGCCGCAACCAUGCCCAUCUCUCAGAGCUCUCAGGAAGUGUGGGAAGUCACCAAAGGAGACCAUCAGGGCUCCAGCGAGGCCGAUAUUGCUGCGGAACCCGACUGGCGCAAUGUGGGAACGAGCACUAUCCGGGCUUCAAGAACAAGCAAGGGAAGAAACCAGGGUUCGUUCGGGAAUAUGAGCAUGAAGACAGGGAAUACGGCGAAGAUUACCAAGCAGAUGAAGCUGCCUUCUUGCAAGCGAAGACGGCAGCGGACUCCAAAUCUGGUCGGUUGAUGAACUGGCAAGAUGCUGACAUCUCAUUGUAUCACCCU